GCAUCCCCAUUGAGGUGUGGAGAGACCUCGGAGACAUAGCGAUAGUAUGGCUAACUAAGCUUUUCAACCUCAUUUUUCGGGCAAACAAGAUGCCAGAAGAAUGGAGACGGAGUAUAUUAGUACCAAUCUUCAAGAACAAGGGGGAUGUUCAGAGUUGUACUAAUUACCAUGGAAUUAAGCUGAUGAGCCAUACAAUGAAGCUAUGGGAGAGAAUCAUUGAGCACCGCUUAAGACGAAUGACAAGCGUGACCAAAAAUCAGUUUGGUUUCAUGCCUGGGAGGUCGACCAUGGAAGCCAUUUUCUUGGUACGACAGCUUAUGGAGAGAUACAAGGAGCAAAAGAAGGACCUACAUAUGGUGUUCAUUGACUUGGAGAAGGCCUACGAUAAGAUACCGCGAAAUGUCAUGUGGUGGGCCUUAGAGAAACACAAAGUCCCAGCAAAGUACAUUACCCUCAUCAAGGACAUGUACGAUAAUGUUGUGACAAGUGUUCGAACAAGUGAUGGCGACACUGAUGACUUCCCGAUUAAAAUAGGACUGCACCAGGGGUCAGCUUUGAGCCCUUAUCUUUUUGAUUUGGUGAUGGAUGAGGUCACAAGGGAUAUACAAGGAGAUAUCCCAUGUACUACUACGCCCGAGGAGGAGGAGGAGGAGGUUAGCCUUGAUGGGCAGGUAGUGCCUCAGAAGGACACCUUUCGAUAUUUGGGGUCCAUGCUGCAAAAGGAUGGGGACAUCGAUGAAGAUGUGAACCACCGAAUCAAAGCCGGAUGGAUGAAGUCGCGCCAAGCUUCUGGCAUUCUUUGUGACAAAAGAGUGCCACAAAAGCUAAAAGGCAAGUUCUAUAGGACGGCGAUUCGACCCGCAAUAUUGUAUGGCGCUGAGUGUUGGCCGACUAAAAGGCGACAUGUUCAACAGUUAGGUGUGGCGGAGAUGCGCAUGUUGAGGUGGAUGUGUGGCCACACAAGGAGGGACCGCGUCCAGAAUGAUGAUAUUCGAGACAGAGUUGGGGUAGCACCGAUUGCAGAGAAGCUUGUUCAGCAUCGUUUAAGAUGGUUUGGGCAUAUCCAGCGCAGGCCUCUAGAUGCUCCAGUGCAUAGCGGACGGCUAAAGCGUGCUGGAAAUGUCAAGAGAGGUCGGGGUAGACCAAACUUGACAUGGGAGGAGUCCGUAAAGAGAGAUCUGAAGGGCUGGAAUAUCACCAAAGAACUAGCCAUGAACAGGGCUGCAUGGAAGCUUGCUAUCCAUGUGCCAGAACCAUGAGUUGGUUGCGAGUUUUUAUGGGUUUCACUUCUAGCCUACCCCAACUUGUU